AAAUCAGAUCUUGUUAAACAUCAAAGAACUCACACAGGGGAGAAGCCAUUUCCAUGUUCAGAAUGUGGAAAAUGUUUUACUGGGAAAACAAAUCUUGUUCUACAUCAAAGAACUCACACAGGGGAGAAGCCGUUUUCAUGCUCAGAAUGUGGAAAAUAUUUUACUCAGCAAUCACAUCUUCUUAAGCAUCACAGAACUCACAAAGGAGAGAAGCCAUUUUCAUGUUCAGAAUGUGGAAAAUGUUUUACUGAGAAAUCAAUUCUUGUUCAACAUCAAAAAGCUCACACAGGGGAAAAGCCAUUUUCAUGUUCAGAAUGUGAAAAAUGUUUUACUGACAAAUCAAGUCUUGUUAAACAUAAGCGAACUCACACAGGGGAGAAACCAUAUUCAUGUUCAGUGUGUGGGAAAUGUUUUUCUGACAAAUCAAAUCUGGUUAAACAUGAAAGAGCUCACACAGUGGAGAAGCCAUUUUCAUGUUCAGAAUGUGGAAAAUGUUUUAAUGACAUAUCAAGUUUUGUUAUACAUAUAAAAAUUCACACAGAGGAGAAGCCAUUUUUCUGUGCAGAGUGUGGAAAAGGUUUUAUUGUGAAAUCAAAUCUUGUUCAACAUCAAAGAACUCACACAGGGGUGAAGCCAUUUUCAUGUGCAGAGUGUGGGAAAUGUUUUAAUCAUCAAUCAGGUCUUGUUAAACAUCAAAGAACUCACACAGGAGAGAAGCCAUUUUCAUGUGCAGAAUGUGGGAAAUGUUUUACUCAGCAAUCACAUCUUGUUAAACAUCAAAGAACUCACACAGGAGAGAAGCCAUUUUCAUGCUCAGACUGUGGAAAAUGUUUUACCCAGCAUUCACAUCUUGUUAAGCAUCACAGAACUCACACAGGAGAGAAGCCAAUUCAGAGCAGUAAACUGCCCAAAGACACCUUUCCAAAAGACCAAACCAAUGAUGCUCCCAGAGGUAGAGGCACAGUCAUGACCAUUUUGUACGCCUUAUCAAACUUCAACAAGAACGCAAAAGGGUCUUCUUGUGAAGUGACUUUUACAUUUUCUAUCAAAUCAAGUGAUGGAGAGGAGUCACCAGUGAUGAAAAGGGUCCAUAACGUGGGCACCUGGAGGGACAACAUCCACGUCAGGAUUCAAACUCCCGACAUAGUGUCGUCCCAACCCUGGAAACCAGAUUGGCUUUCUGCCCAGGUUCUGGACAAUUAUGUAACAUUCCGGGACAAUAAUUCCCAGUGUGAUGCGGAUCCAUUCAACUAUGAUCCCACCAAAGCUUUAUGUGAACAAAAGUACAAAAAGCGAAGAGAAGUGUCAUGUGACCGUGUCACAAAAGUCUUUACACCCCUGAGGGGAGGCACAAUGGUUUGUUCGCAGUGGGAUACAUACAAUGAAGGAAUAUCAGGUCUAGAUGUCCUCAGUCCACUAUUAGAGAAGUCAUCACAGGAGGUUCAGCAAAAUAAAAGCUGCAGAAGGAAUGAUGGACAUCAAAAAGCUAAUACAAGGGAAAAGCCAGUGUCAUGUUUAGAGUGUGGGAAAUGUUUUACUUAUAAAUCACAUCUUGUUAGACAUCAAAGAACUCACACAGGAGAGAAAUCAUAUUCAUGCUCAGAAUGUGGAAAAUGUUUCACUCAGAAAUCAAAUCUUAUUGAGCAUCAAAGAACUCACACAGGAGAGAAGCCGUUUUCCUGUUCAGAAUGUGGAAAAUGUUUUACUCAUCAAAAAAGUCUUAUUAGACAUCAAAGAACUCACACAAGGGACAAGCCAUUUUCAUGUUCAGAAUGUGGGAAAUGUUUUACUUUUAAAUUAGAACUUCUUGUACAUCAAAGAACUCACACAGGGGACAAGCCAUUUACAUGCUCAGAAUGUGGAAAAUGUUUUACUCAUCAGCAAAGUCUUAUUAGACAUCAAAGAACUCAUACAGGGGAGAAGCAAUUUUCAUGUUCAGAAUGUGGGAAAUAUUUUCCUUUUAAAUCAGGUCUUGUUAAACAUCAAAGAACUCACACAGGAGAGAAGCCAUUUUCAUGCUCAGAAUGUGGGAAAUGUUUUCCUUUUAAAUCAUGUCUUAUUAGACAUCAAAAAACUCACACAGGGGACAAGCCAUUUUCAUGUUCAGAAUGUGGGAAAUGUUUUCCUUUUAAAUCAGGUCUUGUUAAACAUCAAAGAACUCACACAGGAGAGAAGCCAUUUUCAUGCUCAGAAUGUGGGAAAUGUUUUACUUUUAAAUCAGGUCUUAUUAGACAUCAAAAAACUCACACAGGGGACAAACCAUUUUCAUGUUCAGAAUGUGGGAAAUGUUUUACUUUUAAAUCAGAUCUUGUUGUACAUCAAAGAACUCACACAGGAGAGAAGCCAUUUUCAUGUUCAGAAUGUGGAAAAUGUUUUACUCAUCAACUAAGUCUUAUUAAACAUCAAAGAACUCACACAGGGGACAAGUCAUUUUCAUGUUCAGAAUGUGGAAAAUGUUUUACUUGGAAAUCAGAUCUUGUUCGACAUCAAAGAGCUCACACAGGGAAAAAGCCAUUUUCAUGUUCAGAAUGUGGAAAAUGUUUUGCUUUGAAAUCAUAUCUUGUUCAACAUCAAAGAACUCACACUGGAGAGAAGCCAUUUUUAUGUUCAGAAUGUGGAAAAUGUUUUACUGGGAAAACAUAUCUUGUUCUGCAUCAAAGAACUCACACAGGGGAGAAGCCAUUUUCAUGUUCAGAAUGUGGAAAAUGUUUUACUAGGAAAUCAGAUCUUGCUCAACAUCAAAGAACUCACACAGGGGAAAAGCCAUUUUCAUGUUCAGAAUGUGGAAAAUGCUUUAUUUUGAAAUCAUAUCUUGUUCAACAUCAAAGAACUCACACAGGGGAGAAGCCAUUUUCAUGUUCAGAAUGUGUUAAAUGUUUUACUAAGAAAACAUAUCUUGUUCAACAUCAAAAAACUCACACAGCGGGGCAUGGCUUGGAUGGUGAACUGAGUGGUCGCACUCCACUGUGAUACCACGGGCCCGACCAAAUUUCACCCUGAUUUCACCUCCUGAGGGCCCUCACUUACCCCCUCUGUGGUCCGGUGGCAUAGCAGAAGCAGUGUGGCAGUGGCGGGCGCAGCUUGGAGACUGACCGGAGCGGGAGCGGAGCAGAAGCUGUGUUUGAGUUACUUGAGUUCUUGCUACUACUCACCUGUUAGUGUUUAGGGUCUAGGCCUGCACAAGUUCCUAGGGU